AUGGAGACAAGCAAAAAGACCUCACAGACAAACCCCGUGGCAAUCAUAGAGCUGGACCCGAAAGAAGCAAAUCUUCCCGAAGAACAAAACCCGCCAGUACUUCCAAAAUGGCGAUUGAUUUGUCUGACAGUUAGCGUUUGCUUUGGCCUCUUCCUCUCGCUACUCGAUACCACCAUUGUCGCAACAGCACUAUACACCAUUGGUGUAGACCUCGACUCUCUCCAAAAAGUCACUUGGGUCGCGCUCUCUUACACACUUAGCUAUCUUGGUUGCGCCGUGAUAUUCGCUCGCAUCGGAGAUAUUUUCGGGCGGCGCAACGCCUACAUCGCCGCCUUUCUCAUCUUCUUCGCCUUCUCCCUCGGCUGCGGAUUCUCCCAAACCCUUGGCCAACUUAUCGCUUGUAGAGCCCUGCAAGGAAUAGGUGGCUCGGGUCUGUACUCCCUCACUUUUGUGAUCCUGGCGGAAAUAAGCCCGCAGGACGAGAAGAUGGGACGGACGAUUGGAGCAUUGGCCGGGUUUGUGGUUGCUAUUGCGGGUGUGCUUGGGCCGGUUCUGGGUGGGGUUAUUACGCAUUAUACGACGUGGAGAUGGGUAUUUUGGAUCAAUCCUCCUAUUGGUAUCAUCCCUUUGAUAAUGUUCGUAAUCGCCUGGCCUAACCCCCACCAAAUGACCCCCAGCCUCCGGCGCUCCUGGAAACAGCUUGAUAUCACAGGCUGUAUUCUACUCAUCGCCUCCACGAUCCUCAUCGUCUUCUCCUUCCAACAAGCCGGGAUCCGCUCUUCCUCCUCCUCUACCUCCUGGACUGAACCCAUCUUCCUCGCUCCGCUGCUGACCGGCCUCCUAUGCCUCUCCCUUCUUUUUAUUUGGGAAGUCCUGGUAGCCAAGUACUGGGAAGAUAGCAUUGCAACCAUGUUCCCACUGCGCCUGAUGAGGCGUAGAGUAUAUAUGGGCUACGUACUCAGUACUCUGAUAGCAGGAUUCCCGUACUUUAUGGUCAUGUUUGCGCUCCCCAUCCGCAUGCAAGUCGUCGGCCACAAAACCGCGCUGAUGGCCGGUAUAUCGCUCUUGCCCAUGCUGGGCACGAUUGCGGUGGGUAGUAUGCUCGGGGGCGCCAUAAACGGGAACCGAGACUACAAAUUCCCUACUCUCGUUGUGGGAACGAUAUUCAUGACGAUAGGCUGCGCGGCAUUGUCGACGCUGAGGGCCGAGGGAGGGCUGCAGGGCGGUAUUUAUGGGUUUCAGGUUUUUGUUGGCCUGGGUUUCGGAGUGCUCAUUUCGACUGUGAGCAUGGCUACCAGUCUCGAGUGCGAGAUUCGGGAUAACAGUACGCUCUAUUCAUUACACCUUCCCUCACCCUUUCUUUCCCCACAUCCCACAACCACUAACAACCCCACGCCCUACACAGCCGUAGCCCAAGGCAUAAUAGCCCAAGUCCGCAUCCUAGGCGGCUCCCUCGGCAUCGCAGCCUCGACGUCCAUUCUCGGCCUCUCGCAACGCCAGCACCUCUCCCAUCUCGAUGCGUACGCCGAUGCCUUUAGCGCCGAUAUGAAAGUAGCUGCCAUUGUCGCUGGCGCUGCUGUUCUGGCUACCGCAGUUACGUAUAGAAGGGAGAGGGUGAAUGUACAGGCUAGGGUUAGGGAGCGGGUUGUGGAGGAGGGGGCGAGGAGGAGGGCGUUGGCGGAGGCGGAGGGGGUUUUGAAGGGGGAGGUGCUGGAUGGGGAGGUAGGAAAUGCGGUCGCUUGA